AUGCUGAUGUUGAAUCGAGCAACACAACGAUUGAGCCGUGGGCUCGGUGGAGCUAAGAGGCAGUUCUCCACAGCUGCAGCGAAUGGCGCUCCUGCCUUGAGCAGCGUGACCACGCAGCGCCAGUCGUUUAACAAGGCUGGUGCCUCCUCUUCUAGUGGGGGCACGAAGAACUCCAGUUCGUUCUACAUGCCCAACGCCAAGGAUGAGGAUCCUCGACCUCUCGACGUCAAGUACUGGACCGGCAAGAGCGCCAUCGAGUUCGACAAGUUCCGAAUUGAUUUGUCCAAGUACGACUUGAAGAACAUCUUGUCUGCGCGCGACAGCGAAGGCAAGGUCGCCGCGGACCUCGACAAGCGAGACACCAUCAUGCUCCGCGAGCACAUGGAAGAUGUCUUCAACCGUGUAGGCGUGGUGCACAUGCACAACACGGGAAUGGAACAGUUUGAGGAGAUGCAGGCAGUGACGCACAUCCUGUUUCCGCAGACGACAGACUACGAAGGAGGAGCGAACUUGCGAAAGGAAAUUGAGCCGGUAUUUUUUCUAUUACGUUUUAGAAUUUGUUCAGUAAAAAUCGGACGUAGAGGAGGAUAUUCAAGAAUAUCAAGGUACUAUACAACAAAACCUGAAUGAAUCACUUCUAUUUGGUUUGUUUCACAUCCACCCAAAAAUCAAAAUCGAUCGACACCAUCAACCAAUCCCUCACUUUCACCAUCCACACACACACACACACACACACACACACAGAACGUCUACGACACCGGUGCUCCUCGUGAAGCCGAUUUGCAAUACCACCAUGAGAUGGCGUACAUUGAUACCUCGGUCAAGUGGGUCGCUUUUGGUGCCUUGCAUGCCACUGACAACCCAAUGAAGGGUGCUACCUACGUCUCCGAAAACUUGGGUGCUACUGAGCGACUGUUGGAUAGCAAGUUUGGCCAGCGUUUGGUCGAAAAGGGGUGCUGCUACAUCCGCAAGCUCCCGGACCAGAAGUUUUUCACGGAUAAUGGACUGGGUAUUACUUACUUCUUGCUUGUUCUUUUCAUCGGAAUAAAUGCUUCUCGUCAAUACUCUAGUCUUGAUCUUGAUAGAAGUCCUCUGACUGCUCUCUCAACAAAUAUUAUUCAAUACAAAAGUCGAAAAAAUACAAUUUAAGUAAGUGCUAGCUAGUACUUCUUACUUGUUAUUUCCUCCCAACAUGGUCUUCAACACAGAUUCCCUCUAUCGUCUACAACUUGUUCCCCCCACAAACAACACAGAUUCCUCUAUCGUCUACAACUUUUGGCAAACGUCUACUGGUACUGAGGACAUGGACGAGGCCGCGGAAAUCAUGCGCAAGAAGGGACUCGAAGUGGAAUGGGAAGAGAGCCCAAUCUUUGGACGAUAUAUGGUAAAAACUUUUUACUUUCUCAAUCUUUGGACGAUCAUUGUAUAUGGUAAUUAUUUUUUAUUGGAUGUUGAAAAUGCUAAAAUAAAUCUUCAUAAGUACUGUUAUUAGAUGAAAAUAAGUACGUCUUGCACAAUGUGGUUCUUGAUUGGCUGUAGUGGAUGAAGGGAUUCCUCAUCAUCUUGAUGUCGUACUACCAAACCAGCACACCUUCGAUAAACUACCCAGGUCACCAAAUACUACGUUGACACGUUCGAAUACGAUCCUUAUAACGACAAAAACACUAUGUACGCCUCCGUCGCCGAUGACUACGCAUGGUUCGAUUCGUGGCCUGGUACUCAGAAUUUGAAGGCACAUUUAUACAUAGAUGUGGUUUAAUAUCUUGAUGUUCGAAGAUGUGUAGAUUCAGAUAUUCUCGUAGUUCUUAGGCGAAACUACCUUCACCUUCUGGUCAUGUUGUUUGAACACACCGACCAAAUAAUUAAUUCUACUGAUAUUUAUGAUAAUAAAUAGUCAUCUAUUAAACAGGUGUAAGAGACCUUCCCCACUGGGAACGCCCUUUGAAGCUGAACUUCGGAGAUGGUGAGGUCAUGACCCGUGAGGAGAAGCAGUUCUGGGUCGACUGCUAUGACAGUUGCGGCGUACCGGUCGCUUGGGAGAAGGGUGACUUGGCCAUCAUCUGCAACUAUCGCACGGCCCACGGACGACCGAAGUAUGACCUGAACGCUGGCGAAAAGCGCGAACUCGGAGUCAUUCUGGGUGAGUCCUUCGUUCGCCAGGGCGAAGUCGACGGGAAAUGGUAGAUGUUCUCAGUAGAUCAGAUGUUGUAUAUCAAUCUACUAAACUAUUUACUUCUUGAUACUUCAACGUUAUUGCAAGCCAAUGGCAAACUACAACGAACGUCUAUUCACAUUCAGGCGUUGAGAACUAAGCUUGCUAUCAUGAUAAGCACUUUUUCAAAACGAAAAGAAACAAAAAAAAAUGAACUAAUGCUCUAAGGUAUAUUAGAGAUCAAUGAAAAAAUCAAUGCUCAAAAAAAGCUAGAGACAUUGUAUCUUUAGAAGUACUAGAAAAACAUAUCUAUCUAUGUCUGUCUCUGUGUCGUCGAGCACCGAUUUGCCGUUUUGACUUUUUCCAUCUUUGACCUCUCAUGACUGACUUAGUGCGAAGGCAUGGGUAAUAGAAAAGAUGGUCGAAGGUGUUUUUUACUUCUUCGAAUUUGCAUUUUUGUUGGAAAAAUUAGAGUCUAAUAAAUAUGGUACAAAGAGGAUGUUCUUGUACGCGACAUAGAUUUAGAUACUCCUAUAUGGGUCUACCCUAUUGUGCAGCAACAUCGAAUUCUCCUGUAAGACUAUUUCUCAGAACUACAGACAAGAUGAGACGAGAAGCAUGUUGUGUACAAAUGAUUUCUGCUAUUCACUAAUUUCUGCUAGUCAUUCUGCGGAUCUAACAAUUAGAAGAAUGGGGGUUGCAUUCACUGAAAAAAAGUGCAGAAGAAGCUAAAGACGACGGAGAAGAUGAACACUGACGGAGAUACAAAAAGGGAUAACUUCUAUAGGAGAACAAUGGAUGUUGAAUGUAGUUGUUGUACUAGAGCUCAUGGUCGAAUUACUGAUAUUACUAGACUACAUCUUCACAUAGAAAAAACUAAAAAAAAAUGAAUCUCUAUCUAAGUAUAGUUCUUUUCAUCUGCACAGCACACGAAAAUGUCCAAUGUCAUCAAACUAUCAAAAGAAAAUGAAGGCAAAGAUUAGUUCCGGUUGGUCUCUUUUUCUUGUUGUGUACUAACUACUAGCGCACAAUUGAUUCUAUGAUUUACUUUGAGCCCUAUUUAUCGAUUUUCGAAACAUUUUUCCGACUCAACAAUGAAAAAAAAGGUAGUAUGUCUUUUGAUGUAUUUUUGGUAGUGAGUUUAUUUAAAUUAGAAUUAUCAUGGAAAAGUCGUGUUGUAAUGCUAAUUGUAUGAGCAGAACUUUCAUCAUGUUUUAAAUGAAAUUAAAGAUAACCUCAUAACGAAUAACCGGGUUUCAUGAUUGUGCCUCUCGUCUAAUCGGACUGGGUAUCAUGUGAACUACCCCUCGUCUUGGGACUGGGUCCACUCAUUAGCCUUGUUUUCAUUGAAUUCAAGAAUGAUCUCAUGAUACAGAACAAGAACAGCAUCAACUACAGCCUUUUCAUCGUCCUCGUUGGAAAAUAUAGCCAAGUAGAAGCCUACAGCAGUGCGUCUACUCUUGCUCUUGAAAGAACAGUGCGUCUACUCCUACAGUCAAAUUCGACAGCGCUUCUUUUAUGCGGGAGGGAUUUAUGGAGCAUAUGCCGGCAAGCAUACUGACUUCAUGUCGCACGUCGAGGCUUCGAAACUAUUCAGGUCAAGAUAAGCCUACAGGUACAACAGUGCGUCUACUCCUGCUCUUCGAAGCUUGUUGUAGAGGCAACUAGAACUACAUAAGUUGACUAAUAUCACAAGGCAGGAUGAUCCUCUCAUUUUUGCAUAACCCAGUGUGUCGAUGUUGCAUCAGCAACAAUACAGGUAGGUACUACACCAGUAUAGGUAGGUACUACCUAGAACAGUAUGUUCUUAAUCUUUGGCUUCGUCUCAAAUUCCAGGACUAGCAUAGAGGAGGAGGAGAAGAACGUGAAAGGUAGUUUCUUGUUAUGUAUUGUCGUGCAUUCGUAUUCGUUAUCUGUUUCUGUGUAUGAUUUCUAAGUAUCAUCGUGUGAUGCACUCUUGUGUAGUGUAAUAAAAGAUAAAUAUGCAGCUGCAAUAACUUCUAAAUGCAAAAGUCCUUCCAGAAUUCUUUGUCUUCUGUUGUAUCACUCGUAGGUAGUCUGAUGAAUAUUUUAGUUGGACGACGAGUGUGCAGCAUCAAGAACAAAGAAAUGUGACAGACUUCCUAGUAUCCUGGAUAAUUCUUUUCCAUAUACAACAAGAGGUAUUGGCAUUAAUGGGAAGGAUUUGUUUUUCAAUCAGUAACUGGAACUAGACAAGGCAGAUGAAGGUGGAUGUGUACUUCUUGACAAAUCAUCUUCAUGAGACGGCUACUAGUUUCAUCGAUGUCGGAACAAGGAAGUGAUGUAGCUGUACUAGCUAAUUAAGAAUUGCAGUUGUUGUAACGACAGGCUAGACCUGGUGGAAUUUGAUGGACCUUCACCAGAAGCUCGAAGAUGGAUAUCGUGCUGAGUAAAACAUUGAUAAAGACGAUGGAGACGGUUGACAUCAAUCACAGGAUGUUAACAAAGGUCCAUUCUAGACAAACUUUAGGAUUGAAACUGAAUGAUGUCUGCAUAAAGAUGUAAUUAAGAAAUAAGUCUUG